GGAUUUUAUGAGAGACUUUACUUAAAAUUCCGCCUAUUUUUUUUUCAAAUUGCUCUCCUAUCGUUAUUUCUUCUGUUUUUCUUGCUCUUCUGCCCUGAAGGCGAAAACACCAACCCGAGCUAACAAGGUCACUUUUAUUCGGUACCUGCUUUUUACCCCCUCCCCUUUCCAGCCCGAUAGUUCGCUGCUAUUUCCCCUCUCCUGUGAUGAAAUUUGGUUACCCAUAUAACAAUUGCCCAAAUUAGGACUUAUCCCUUGCGAGUGGUUUUAAGAAUAUUCAGAAAGGCCUUUCUUAUUGGGAUUGAUUUAAAUUAUUAGCUAGCUCUACAUUUCAAUUUACAGAGGAAUCUCUAUUAAUUUACUGCAAAAAAAACUAUUUUAUCUUUUUCGGGCAGUGUUUGUUCAUUAUUCUUCAAAAUUUUCUCAAGCUUGGAAACAUCUUGAUCACUUCUUUCUCCGAAGCUCAAUCUAAAAUAUAUCUAAAACCCAAAAGAACUCAGCGAUCCGUCUGAAGUUUAGUGUCGUCAAACCCAGUCCCAGGUAUCUUUAUAACAUCGGCCAUCUAAGGUUACCAUUUCAGUUAUAUAAAUCUUUCUUGCGCUCCAGUUUACUUUUUCUUUCCAUUAACUAUCUCUUCAUUUUUAAAUGUGAAUAAUUAUUCAAGAAUUUCACAGUUAUUAAAGAAAAGCUUCCUAGCCAUUUUUAUUAUACUCCUGCUGCCAAAAUGGGGCAGAAAUUCAAUUCAAUGUUAACACUACUUACUAAAUUCAUCUUGCUUCUUCUUACUUCGCCCUCUUUCGGAGAAGAGUUCUCUCGUCCUCCUAGUACAAUUCUGGAUGACCCUGCCCACAGCUCCCUAAGCCCAGCAGCCCGCCUGGAGGCAUAUCUGUUCAGCAAUUACUCCACCAUUUCGAGGCCAGUGCUAGACAACAGCAAACCAGUUGAUGUCAACUUUGACCUCAUCCUCAACCAGGUCCUCAAAGUGGUUCCUGGACGUUUCCUCAGAAGGAGCUGGACCUGUUGAACUCCACACCCAAUGGAGUGGUGGACUACUACAUAGAGAACGAUGCCUGGGAACUAAUGGGAGUCACUGCUCACAGAUCCAUCAACGUCUACCCUGGGUACGAUGACCCUUUGGUUGACUUGUGCUACCAGAUCCACUUGAAAAGGAGGCCUCGUUUUUUCGAACUGAAUAUCAUUCUACCAUGUGCACUGUUGUCUGUCGUGGUCAUAGCCGUGUUCUGUCUGCCCUGUGAAUGUGGCGAGAAGAUCACUCUGAGCAUCACCAUUCUGCUGGCACUGGCCGUGAACAAUGUCAUGAUCUCGGAGAAGAUGCCUCCAAGCUCCAAAAACUCACCCGUACUCGGAGACUACUUCCUUGCCCAAGUGUCCUUGGUGAUGGCAUCGGUGUUCGCCAGUGUGCUGGUGCUGACUAUCCACCACAAGGGCACCAGACGCAAACCCAUCCCCCCUGUCAUCCGCCAAUGGGCCUUCGAGAAACUGGCCAAAUACGUCUUCCUACAGAACUCGCUUACAAGUGUCCGGAAGAGGAAACGGUUCCCCGUCAAAGGUCAUCAAACGUUUCUGAUGGCGAAUGGAAGCGCCAUGAAAAACGGAAGCCGAGCAGUUUCAAACAACUUAAACGACGUCCAAUACACAGACAGCGAUGGUAAAGUGGAAAACAUGAAGUUCCCAAUGAUAGCGAACCACGCGUGCGACCGUCGGGACACUUCGGGAGGAAACGUUGCGGGAACACAUCGGAAGAACAACAACGCAGAGGAUUUCUCGAAUUGUGAGCAAAUAGCCGAGGAAGUUGAGGUUAUGAAGAAAUCUCUCUUGCAGAUUCGAAACUUCAUUCGGCAGCAUGAACAGGAAGUGGAGAAUGAGACAGAGUGGAAGGAAUUGGCCAUGGUGAUUGACAGACUGUUCGCACUUGUCUUCUUCAUCGUCUCUUCGAUCGUCUCAAUUGUGUUCAUGCUUCUCAUGCCACUCGGCGCCGAAUGGCAGCUGCAGAACAAACUGGCCAAUCCAGGAUGCGACCACUAGUCCUCCUUCUUACAUUUAUAUGCAGACUUAAUUAACACUAUUUGCUAUAAUUACUGUAGGUUUUACUUUUUCUAAAGGGAUUAUAUUAUAACAACUUUUGCAUAAAAAUAAAUCUUUACUUCGA